AUGUGGAAGCGCGCCACCUCUCUCCUCCUCGCCCGCCGCUCGGCCAUCGCCUCCGUCCGCGCCCCGGCUAUCGCGGGAUCCGCCGGCGCCUCCACGGGCGUCCUCCGCCGAGCGCCCGUUUUCUUCUCCACCCUCGAUGCGGGGCAGGCGAGGAUGCGGGUGGAGGACGUGAUGCCGAUCGCCACGGGGCACGAGCGCGAGGAGAUCGAGGCCGAGCUCCAGGGGAAGAAGAGGUUUGAUAUGGACGCCCCCGUCGGGCCAUUCGGCACCAAGGAAGCUCCUGCUAUCAUUCAGUCGCACUUCGACAAAAGGAUUGUUGGUUGCCCUGGUGCUGAAGGAGAGGAUGAGCAUGAUGUUGUGUGGUUUUGGUUGGAGAAAGGCAAGCCACAUGAAUGCCCAGUCUGCACUCAGUAUUUCAAGCUUGAGGUUAUAGGGAACGGAGGAAACCCUGAUGGGCAUGAUGAUGACGACGACCACCACCAUCAUUAAGUAUUGGAAAACCAUGAAGCAUUGGACCGAUGCCUUUUCUUUUUCUUCCUGAAAUGCUUUGAAGGUGUGGAAAACACCAGCUGUUUUGUCUAUAGAGUUUAAUAUCCAUGCAAACAAGUUUGCGGAUCUCGAUUUUGAUGACUGGGAAUUCGGGAUAGCAAAGGGAUCUGGGACCCCGUAGUUUUUCUUUUCAGAGAAUUGCCCACACCAAUAAUGUGAUUCAUUGAACAGUGAUGUCCCUUUCAUUGAAUUGAUAUUGGCUUUAAUUACUUCUUUGUUUCU